GUCAGAAAAUGAUUGUGCUUAUCUACUGCUACUUGCUCAUUAACGUUAUCAACAAAAGUUUACAGGAAUACGACUGGCAUUCAAAUUUUACACAAGAUUCGGUAGAGAAAACUUUGGCCGAGGUACUUGGGCCAUAUCCUCCAAAAUUUUAUGAUAAUCGAACAACGAUAAGAAUAGGUUACCUGGCAACUGAUCAGAAUGUACGUCCGGCUGUAAAGGGAUUAGCGAGAACAGUUUCUGGAGCAGUGACUCUUGCUGUGCUGAAAAUUAACCAAGAUCCGAACAUUCUGCCAGGUUACAGAUUGGAUUUUUUAUAUUCCGAUGAUAGAGGGGAUAGCCUUAUAGGAACAAAUAGGAUUUGUGAACAGUGGAAGAGAGGAGCCUUAGCAUUUUUCGGUCCGGAAGACUCAUGUGAUACUGAAGCAAGAUUGGCAGCAGCGUGGAAUUUACCUCUCAUAUCUUUUAAAUGCUCUGAUCAUCGUCUAUCGAAUAAACUACUUUAUCCAACAUUUGCUAGAACUAUUCCACCAGAUACUCAAAUAACAAAAUCUGUUAUCGCACUUCUUGAAUAUUUCGGAUGGAAGAAAUUUGCUAUAGUAUCAGGAAAGAGCGAACCAUGGAGUUUGAUGUCAAGGAAAUUAAGCAAAUUAGCAGAAGAAAGGAACAUGACAAUAAAUGCAUUUAGCGAAUUUGAAAGUCCAUAUUUACAACAAGCUGUAAGAAAUCCCUUUGAAGAAAUAGUUGAAAACACUUAUAUUGAUACUAGAAUUUACGUCUUUAUCGGAAAUCACAAUGGAAUGGUAGAAUUUAUGAAUGAUAUGCAGAAGAGAGGCUUAACUGAAUCUCAGAAAUAUGCAGUACUUUAUCCUCAAUUAGAUAUAUUUGACGAUGCGGAUGCCGGAAAAUAUUUUCGUUUUGAGCACGAUUUACCAAAGACUAAGAGAAUUGAGAAAGCUGCUGAAAAUCUUCUUAUUAUACUCCACAGUCCUCCAACUUCUCCCGAAUACAAACACACCUUUUCCAGAAAGGUUAACGAAUACAAUCAGAAGGAACCAUUUAACUUUACAAAACCAAACCUCUCCGAACUAAAUCCGUUUUUACCAGCCGAUAUGCUUUCUCAGCCUGUGGGUGUUUACGCUGCCUACUUAUACGACGCUAUUUAUUUAUACGCCAAAGCCGUUACUGAAUUACUCGAAAGAAACUCAACGUCAUUUUUAGACGGUCGAAAGAUUUUUCAUAUGCUGAGGGACAGAAUUUAUCAAAGUGUUCAAGGCUUUGACGUCUACGUCGACGAAAAUGGAGACGCCGAAGGAAAUUAUACUGUACUUGGGAGGACAAAAUUCCAUUACAGUUUACCUUUUUAUAACGUUACUGGCGAUUACAGUAUGAAACCAGUUGGUAGAUUUAGAUUAGACAAAGAGUCUGGAAAGACGAAAUUGCUGUUUACCCCAAAGGAUGGUAUAGAAUUAAUGCAAAUUAUGGACGAACCAUCCUGUGGAUAUAGGGGUGAAAAAUGCCUUGUAAAACCUUCUUAUACAAAAGUAAUCGUGUUAUCCGUAUUAGGAACUCUCUUUUUGAUAACUUGUAUAACUGGCCUAGUUACUUAUAGGAAUUGGAGAUAUGAGCAAGAGAUUGACGGAUUGUUAUGGAAAAUAUCUUUAAGCGAUAUAGGUGGUUUAAAGGCAGAUACAACUUCUGAAUGGAGUGGAAAUAGUGUGGAAUCUUUAGACUUUAGAUCUCACAGAUUACAAGAGUGCGCCAAGAAAGGGACUUAUAAGGGUCAAGUGGUUGCUUUAAAGCACUUUUGUAGACCUUCAAUGGACAUUGGUAGACUACUAAAGAAAGAGAUGAAAACCAUGAGAUCGCUUAGACACGAUAAUCUUAAUUCUUUCAUCGGAGCUCAUGUAGACGACGAAGAUAUCAUAGUAGUAACGGAAUACUGUUCAAAAGGAAGCCUGCAAGAUGUCUUAUUUAACGAGAAUGUUAAAUUAGAUAGAAUGUUUAUAGCAUCAUUAAUAAUGGAUUUAAUAAGAGCAAUGAUAUUUAUACACAGUAGCGAAUUAAAUUCACAUGGUAACUUAAAGAGUUCAAACUGUCUAGUAAACUCAAGAUGGCUUCUUCAAGUAUCGGAUUAUGGUUUAUACGAAAUAAGGAGAGAGAAUUAUAAAAUGCAGGACGAAAAUUAUCGUUUUAAACAAUUAUUUUGGACUCCCCCGGAACAUUUGAGAAACAAACCACCCAGAAGGGGAACACAAAAGGGUGACGUAUACGCAUUCGCUAUAAUUCUAUACGAAAUAUUUGGUAAAACGACCCCCUAUUACGGCUUGGAUUUAACUCCGAGAGAAAUUAUAGAGAAGGUAGCUGCUAAAAGCAAUGAAAUCUAUCGUCCUGAUUUAUCAGAACUAAAAGAAUGUGAAGAUUAUAUUAUGAAUACCAUAAAAACAUGCUGGUCAGAGGACGCCGAGCUUAGACCUGAUUUUCAGACUAUCAAGACAAACUUGAAUAAUUUAUGCGGAGGAAGGAGAAAGAACAUCUUUUCAAACAUGUUGAAUAUGAUGGAAACGUAUCAAUCAAAUUUAGAACGAUUAGUAGAAGAACGAACCGAGCAAUUAAUGGACGAAAAGAAAAAAACAGAAUCUCUUCUUUACAGUAUGCUACCUAUUUCAGUAGCCAAGCAACUAAUAGCAAAGAAACCUGUCGAACCGGAAAGUUUUAGUUGCGUAACUAUCUAUUUCUCUGAUAUUUGCGGUUUCACGCCUCUAUGCGCAUCCAGUACACCUUUACAGGUCGUCAAUCUAUUAAAUGACCUCUAUACAAUAUUUGAUAACAUCAUCAACAACUAUUGCGUAUAUAAAGUAGAGACUAUUGGUGAUGCAUAUAUGGUUGUUUCCGGAUUACCGGAAAGAAUAAAAGACGCUCAUGCAGGAGAGAUCGCAUCCAUGUCACUACAUUUACUGUCUGCCAUUAAAACCUUUCAAAUUCCUCAUCGUCCAGAGCAGCUUAUGCUGAGAAUAGGUAUACAUUCAGGAUCUGUGGUGGCCGGAGUUGUUGGCCAAACAAUGCCUAGAUAUUGCCUGUUUGGUGACACUGUUAACACGGCCAGUCGUAUGGAAUCGCAAGGUGAAGCUCUAAAAAUUCAUGUUAGUGCCGACUGUAAAAACGUUCUAGAGAAAUUAGGUGGUUAUAAUCUCAUUGAAAGAGGUCAAGUAACUUUAAAGGGUAAAGGAUGUGUAAAAACAUACUGGCUAUUAUCCGAAGAUCAGAAUAUAAGAGCCGAUAGAGUAAAAAAUUCAAAAGUACUGCAAAAGAUGGAAAUUGAAGCGACGAGUCGUCAUAGCGUUCUUGAAAUAAUGACUUCAACCGAUUUAAGAAGAACAAUAUCAUCUCAAAGUAUAAGAAGAGUACCGAACGGUAACGCAAUUCAUUCAGAAACUGAGAAGUUAUUAGAAGAAGAAAGUAAAAUAUAAACUUUCUGUUUGUUAAUUUUAUACUAAUUACUAGAAAUCUAUAAGAACAAAUACAGUAUAAACUAUAUACAGUAUAUAGUAUUUACACUGUGUAGACUUUUACUUAUAAUGAUUAUUG